CUUCAGAGUGACACUCACUGCACACCACCAGACACCGACUUCUCAGUCUUUAUACUCCCCUAUCUCACACACACACACACACACACAGAGACAAAGACAAAGACCUCUGCUCCUUUUUCUACUCCCACUCCUCUUUUCUACUCCGGAUUGCUCUUUGACCUUUCUUGAACCGUCCACCGCUUCCACACGGUAGUGUACCUUACGCUCGCUUUUCAAAACCCACCCGUCGCUCGCGUUUCAUCUUCUUUCACCCUCGACCAAAGAUCUUCGCCUUCUUUCACUUUUCAAAGAGACGAAUCGAGAACAAAGCACUUCCUCGCAAGGAUGAAGGGUAUGUUGGACUCUCUGACUGUGAACGUCGGACCCGCGUGUGCGUACGAGAAAGGGAAAACCAAUGCUAACACGGACGUUUCUCCUCCUCGACGCAGCCCUCAUUCUCGUCGGUGGCUUCGGCACCAGACUGCGACCUCUCACCCUCACCCUCCCGAAACCCCUCGUCGAGUUCGCCAACCGACCCAUGAUCCUGCACCAGGUCGAGGCCCUGGCGGCCGCCGGCGUCACGGACAUUGUCCUGGCGGUUAACUAUCGCCCGGAGGUCAUGACCGGGGCCCUGAAGCAGUACGAGGAGAGGUACAACGUCAAGAUCACGUUCUCGGUCGAGACCGAACCCCUGGGCACCGCGGGCCCCCUGAAGCUCGCCGAGAAGAUCCUCGGCCGGGACGACAAGCCGUUCUUCGUCCUCAACUCGGACGUCAUCUGCGAGUACCCCUUCCGGCAGCUGGCCGACUUCCACGCCUCCCACGGGGACGAGGGCACCAUCGUCGUGACCAAGGUCGAGGAGCCCAGCAAGUACGGCGUCAUCGUCCACAAGCCCAGCCACCCCUCCCGCAUCGACCGGUUCGUCGAGAAGCCUGUCGAGUUCGUCGGCAACCGGAUCAACGCGGGCAUCUACAUCCUCAACCCGUCGGUCCUCAAGCGCAUCGAGCUGCGGCCCACCUCGAUCGAGCAGGAGACCUUCCCGGCCAUCUGCAAGGACAACCAGCUCCACUCGUUCGACCUCGAGGGCUUCUGGAUGGACGUGGGCCAGCCCAAGGACUUCCUGAGCGGCACCUGCCUGUACCUGUCCUCCCUGGCCAAGAACAAGCCCAAGGCCCUCGUCUCCAACAACGAACCCUACGUCUUUGGCGGCAACGUCAUGGUCGACCCGACCGCGAAGAUCGGCAAGGGCUGCCGCAUCGGCCCCAACGUGGUCAUCGGCCCCGGCUGCGUCAUCGGCGACGGUGUCCGACUCCAGAGAUGCGUGCUGCUGGAGGACUCGAAGGUCAAAGACCACGCAUGGGUCAAGUCUACCAUUGUCGGUUGGAGAUCUACCGUCGGCCGUUGGGCUCGUCUGGAGAACGUCACCGUCUUGGGUGAUGACGUCUCUAUCGGUGACGAGAUUUAUGUCAAUGGUGGUAGUGUUUUGCCCCACAAGAGUAUCAAAGCGAACGUCGAGGUGCCUUCUAUCAUCAUGUAAAGAAAAGGACCGACAACCCCACACUUGUGUGCGUGCGUGUGCCGGUGCAUGUGUGUGUACACACACAUGGUGGUUGGGCAUUAUUCUUUUUUACUCUCUCUCGGAAGCCUCCAUUUUUAUUACUUUCAACCAAAUCUUCACUCUGCCGUUUUGUCUGUUGCAGGGGGGAGGAUGGAAAGCGACGAGGAUUUCCAGCAAAUGCAUGCUGAUUUCUGGAUCGGCAUUUUUCUUUCCCUUUUUUUUUGCUUUCCGUCUUAUCCAUUGCAUGCGUGGGCGCGAAAACGAGUCAAGGCCAGGUAAAUACGGGAGAUAGGGGGGCGUUAUGCGGAGUCGAGAACCAAAUGAGAUAAACCAAGAAGAAUAAAAAUGGAUUUCGGACCUAUCAGUGUGAGAAGUUGAAUACAUUUUUUUUGUUUUUCCAAAAUGGAGA